AUUCCAACUCUGCAUCAGAACGUAACAAUGUCUCGUCCUAAAACAGAUCUCCUGGACUCCUUGCCCACUGAACUAUCUCAGCAGUUGAAGGAUCGCGUAGAUCGGGCUUUGCUCGAGUUUAUACGGCCGAAUUCCGCCUCUCAGCUUGCGCAGGAAGCUCCUGAGUUGAUCAAAUUCCGUGAGGCCAUCGCGCAGAACGAUUCGAUGGAUGAUAGGGAACUCCUACGCAUCUUUCGAGAAUUUAUUCCCACCACAAACUAUGAAGCUUACAAGCCAUUCAUAGCAAAGUUUUUUGCGAGCCCUUGCAAGGAGGCUGAUGUCAAGAACAUGUUCGCCCCAGGACUUCCCUACUUUCUCGCCAUGUCUAGCAUGACAUCUGGCAAAUCAGUGAAGACAUUCCCAAAGUAUCGGCCUCCCUCGCACCUGCUGCAACACCCUCUUUAUCUGGCGCUUCCCCCGUCGGAGGGAACUACCUUAUCACCAGCUUCCAUGAGAUAUUCGCAAAUCUUAACAAUAGAUUGCGAAGACGGUCAAUCCAAGCAGGUGACAGUCUGCUCGUUGAGCAUCGGUUUUCUGCGAAUGGCAAUGAACUGGGACGUCGAGCAUGACAACGAGAGGCUCGACUUAUGGUGUACGGGACAAACAGAUCCAUACGCCAUUUCCUUGGUUAAGAGCUAUCGGGCAUUCUUCGUUUUGAAUGCUCUGUUUGCACUGGCAGACCGUCGGGUGACGACCAUCCGCUUUUUCUUCGCCAACGUAUUCGUUACUUUUUUGCAGUACAUAGAGGAUGAGUGGUCUCUGCUCAUCGACUGCAUCGAGAAGGGCAUCAUCCCGGAUGUGGACAACCUAGGCCAUUUGCGAGCACCUUUGGAGAAACUGUUUAAGCCAAAUCCUGAUCGUGCUGCCGAACUUCGGGAAAUCGGACCUCCUGGCAUCCAGGGUUGGGCAAUCCGUGUGUGGCCUGACUUGACAAGGUUUAUUGGGAUCACCGGAGGGCCUGCUGCUGCCUCCGUCCCCAAGAUUACUCAUGCCCUCGGACCUUCUGUCUUCGCCCAGUCUCCUGGUUAUGGUAGCUCAGAGGGCGGCGUCGCCAUAACAUACCACAAAGGCGAUCCUAACACUGACUACAAGGUGGUAUUGGUGGAUGUGGUCACCGAAUUUCUGGAUGUGCAUUCCAACGAACCCUCAGAGCAUGUACUGUCCAUUCAUGAACUCGUAGCUGGAGGACAUUACGAGCCCAUCUUGACGACUCGCAAUGGCUUGUGGAGAUAUCGCAUGGGUGAUGUCGUCACCGUUAAAGGCUUCGCUCCAGAUGACGGAUUGCCCGUGAUCAGUUACCUUCACAGGCGAGAAGGUGGAAUUUUGAUGGCAUUCGGAACGACGUGCACUGAGUCCCAAUUGACGACCGCGAUCGUCUCUGCGGCUAAUCGAUGGAUAGGCCAAAUCAUAGAUUUCACCAUUGUAGGCGACGACCGAGACACUCCUAUCACCUAUGGGUAUUUGGUAGAAAUUGGAGGGGAGAUAG